AUGUCAAACAAUGACAAGAGCUAUCACCCGCUGAGACGGGAUUCAACAGAGAAUGAGCAUGAUGGACGGCUGAUGGAGUUCAAGAGUCCCAACAGCCAGAGACCGGUAGUCUUGAUACUAUCGGCCAUAAUCGCUGGAUUGGUCUUUCUGAACGCUGUUCUCAGCUUGUACCUCUACAACCAGAGCAGACCAUCAGCCUCAAAUUGCGACUGUGGUUCCUAUUAUGCCGGCCUAGAGAGAAAUAUCCCUAUCCAAAUCUACCAGUCCACCGAGUUCGUCGCCGAAAAUGCGAGUGAUGUUGCACACCUCUGGGAAGAGUUAAGCGGUGAUCCAGGAGUUGUUGCUCUUCCGCAAAAAUAUGUGUCUGAGAAAGGCCUACCGCAUGCCAUGCGUUUCCCAUGGGACAAUGAUAAAGGCGUGUAUCUGUUGCAAGGAUAUCACAACUUGCAUUGCCUGAGAACCCUCUUCCGCUACACCUGGAACGCUGAUCGCGGUAUCCCUCAGCGAGUUGCCUUCAGCCAUAUCCAGCACUGCCUAGACCAGUUACGCCAGGACGUUAUAUGCAAUGCAGACGAUACACCUAGAUAUGCCGGUUUCCAGGACCCACCAGGAACAGGAGCAGGCCAGGUCAGGAUGUGUAAAGACUGGAAGAAACUGGAAAAAUGGGCUAGGGAGCGAACAGCCUGUUUCAAGCACGAGGACGAAGUGCCGGGAAGAAUGAUAGAUCGAUUCAAGUUUUGUCCGGAUGGAAAGGUGCUGUGGCCGACGGAUAAGUCUAACCGAUGA